GUUUCAGUGGCAAAUUACGAGCUGUUGGAGUAACACAUGUUGCUUGUGAACCCGAUGCAGUAGGACCGUCUCGCCCCCUCCCCCCAGACCGUCUACCCAUCCAAACCCCUCACAUUCACUGCUUGCAUUCGCCAAGAGACUUUGCUUUGUAAACCACGCCAGUAGUGAACCCGCUACAGUUUUCAAGUGCAAGCUUAUCUCCUGCUUAAAUAGAUUUACCCCCUCUAAUCCUUGAUUAAUACAACCUUUAUAUAUACUUUUCAAAGAUAUUUCAUAUUUAGUGUUCUGUGCUGUAAUCUUUAGUGCACAGACAGUUAAACUUACACAAGUUAGUAAGAAGUGACAUUUGAUAUCUGAGAUUUGAUUCAGCUCUGUCGGAAACCAGCCCAGUGUUGGGGCUAAACAUACCCGGACAAAAUUAUGUAAUAUUCGUCCCAACCUUAACCCUCCACAAGCUCUUGAUUAGUACUAUAUCUGUGAUCUUGGAUUCUCUUGAUUAGCUGAAAAGAAUCCAUGUCAGCAGCUUCUAUCAUGUCCUUCCCAUCCUACGUGGGUCCGGCUCCUAUCACCAUGCUGAACGUCAGCUCUAUGCUGAAUCAGAAAGACAGCAGAUGGCUGCAGCUUGAAGUCUGCAGGGAAUUUCAACGUCAGAAAUGUUCUCGACCGGAUGCUGAAUGUAAAUUUGCCCACCCACCGCCUAAUGUUGAGGUGCAAAAUGGGCGGGUCACCGCAUGCUAUGACAGUAUUAAGGUAUGUUACCCAGAAAACAUUCAUUUGUCUUCAUAAAUUCACAACUACACCUCACUACAGGGAGUACUAAAAUAUAUGAAAAGUAUUUAUUAUAAAAUGUCUAAAGUUCA